CCAACGCACAACAACGUUCAGAGAGAGUACUCCGUCCUGUGGUACGGUUUCCGGGCAUGUGGUGAGAUCGAAACGGACAGGAAUUGCUGGUCGAGUGGUGCAGGGUUUGGGGCGGUCGUUGAUCUGACUCGAUAUUGGCUACGCUGCCACACCACCGUCUACGACUGGAGGAUUUUCCGAUCUGAAUCUCGCCCCGAACAAGCGUCAUCUUCACAUGCACGGACGAACGCCGGUUUGUGCCAGACGUAUCCGUAGGCGUAGGCUCGACAUCUGGGGGAGUGACUGGCGGGCGGUGGCUGCACCACCUUCAAGAACGAGGCCAAUCGCUGGUCUGCGUGUUGCAUGUUUGCUACGAGACAAGACGUCAGAGAGCACAAGUAUGACCGCGGGAGGCACAACGGGAGCGGCAGGACGCCUGGUGCAGCUCGGGCGGCAAAUCAGCUUCGACUUACAUGGUGGUGUCUUGAAUACUGCCAGCCCGUGGGCCGUAGGUCUGAAGGACCGGCACGACUGGUACCACAGCAGUGACAGCAUAGGCUGUCUUGCGCAAGAUAUGUCCAACUCUGGCCUCCGAUGGAAACGGAGAUUAGGUACGGUUUCGUGUCCUAUGUCAAGCUAUCGAGGCCAUUCGGGACCGACUGAUGGACCUGGUAUUUUGCUGCUGAUGUUGAUGAUCAACCAUAUUGGCAUUGCCGGAGUCUGGCUCUGACCUGGCUCUCGAGCUCUAGAGUCCAGCAGACUGGCUCGAAGGGCGGUGAGGUUGGAGCAUGGCCAGAGUGGACCACAGG